AUGUAGAUGAGAUGCACUUAAGCUGAUCAUCGAAAUCAAUAAAUAAUAGGGUUUUGUAUAGAAAGUACAUGUCCAAAUUAAAGACCUUACUGUCAUUUUUGCUUACCUUUCCAUGGCUAUCAUCUGAGUAAAUUAACAUCUUAUGAAUUAUUAUCUGAAUGGAUGAAAGAAAGAAUCCUUAUUAUUCAGGAUAUUUAAACGAAUAUAUAAGAAUGUAAAAUUGCCCUUGAUAACGUAAUAAAUUUGUUCCUUCCUUAUAACAAUUUUAAUUUAUCAUAAUUUCCAGAAUUAGGAUUAUCACAGGUUGAUUAGAUAAUAAAAGAUUUAUGCUAAAUGCAAAAUCGUGAAGAAAAGUUGUUUAAAUAACUUAAACAAUCAAUCGAAGAUUAAAAAUCAAUUGUAAAUGAAAUACUAAAAAAAAAAAAAUAUCAAUCAAAUAUAAAGUAAAAUGAUAAUACACAAAUUCCUUACUGCAAUAUAGAUUAAUAAAUAUAAGAAUAACCGAAGAAUUAAAAACAAAAAUUAAAUCCAUUCACACUUGAACUAAUAAUUUAAAAUUCAAUUAGGUAAAAUGAAUGGUGUGGUGCUAUUGCUUUUAAUAAAGAUUAUUCAAUUGUGGUAGCUGGAAGUAAGAAGGAUAUCAAAGUUUUUUAGCAGAUAUAAGGAAAACUGAAUUAAAUAUAAUAGUUAAGUUGGCAUAAAAAACUUGUAAGUUCUUUAAAUUUUAUGAAAAAUACAAAUAAUUUUGUAUCUGGAAGUGAUGAUAAUUCGAUUAUAAUAUGGUAAGUGAUUGGAAAUAAUUAAUGGAAAAUUUAAUAAAUAUUGAAUGGACAUUCAGAUGUUAUAAAUUGUUUAGUUUUGAGCAACAAUGAUGAUUGUAUUUUCUCUGGGAGUAUAGAUAAAACAAUAAAAUGUUGGAUGAAAUAGGACUAAUGGUUUUGUUAAUAAACCAUAAAUGAUCAUACUGAUGAAGUAUAUUCAUUAAGCUUAAAUAAUUAAUAAAAUAAAUUGAUAUCUUGUUCAAAGGAUUCAUAAAUAUUUAUAAUAGAAUAGUAAAAGUUUGAUAAAAGAUGGAGUAUUACUUAAAAGAUUAAAGCAGAUAAAUAUGGAUUAAGAUUAUGUUUUAUUAAUGAUGAUUAAUUUACAUUUUAACCUUAUGUUCAAGAAUAGAUGGAUGUAUAUUAGGUGGAUAGUAAUACUAAAUAGUAUACAAAGACUAGGGAGAUUGCUGUAAAAUGUGGUUCAAGUAAUGAUUGGUGUUUAUUUCCAUAAUAGUAUUUAAAGUCAAAAUGCCUCCUUGUUAAUAAGAAUGGCAAUAAUGUUAACUUAAUGAGGAAGAAAGAAAAUGGUGAUUUUAUAGUUUAUCAAUCUAUUGAAUUUAGAAGUUAUGGUAUUUAUGGAUAAUUCAGUGAUAACGGUGAGUAUUUGAUCACUUGGGAUAAUAUAUCAAAGGAAAUAUAAAUAAGGAAAUUUAGAGAAAAUUAAUCAUGA